AUGUCCGAUCUUGAAGACAAUAGCUCGAUCAGCAAAAGAAGCUUUCACGAAAUACGCAGCGUGAUCGGUAUGGGAACUCUGUCUCGAGGUGUUGUCGUCCAAAGCCUUGCGGAAGGCGACGACAAGAAGAAGCAAUUUCAAUGCUCGGUUUGCGGAAAGAACUUCCAUCGCAAGGGUGACAUGACUCGCCACAAGGCUCUCCACUCUGGAGUCAAGCCGUUCAAGUGCACCGUGUGCCCAAAGAGCUUCAGCCAAUUCUCGGGACUAAAGACGCACGAAAACACACACUCUGGUGACAAGCCUUACAUCUGCAGAAUCGACUCCUGUACAGCCGCCUUCGGUGACCCUUCCUCUUGUGCUCGGCACCGCAAGGAGACCCAUCGCUGCAGUGGCGCGUAUCGUUGCCCAUAUCCCCGCUGCAACUCUCGGAUCAAGCGUCGUUCCGCUUUCGCCGCUCAUCUCAAGAAGCACGGGAUCGACGUUUCUGGUCUCGAUAUUGACCAAUAUGCCCCUCCGCUUCGCCCGCAAACCGUUUCUAAGUCGGGAAGACGCAGCUCGGUGAGAAUCAUCACGCUUGACGCCCUUCCCAAGCGCGCAGCACCAGAGUCUUUUACCCCGCAGUCAUGCAGUACACUGAGUGACUUGCCAUCGACGGGCUCGAGUCCUGACCCUUACCCUCAUAACCAACUCGACUACACCCAGUGGCCCUACGAAUUUCUGCAAAAAUCCCACCCCUCAGAUUUCUCUAGCCUUCCUUUCCCUCAACCUUCUCCCGAAUCUUAUGCGGACUUCGGUGGAGAGCGUCUUUUGGCUAUGGAUGCUUCUCAUCCUUCGUCUCCGAUGUUGGGUUUCAACAAUUCGUCGUCAACGGAGGCGUCACUAGGACAGCCUUUGAUUCUCAGAGCCGACGGGUCUUAUCACGACAUCAUGUAUGAAUCCAUAUACCUCGCCGAAGGUCUACACUCGCAGCUUCGCCACUCCCACCUCACGACUCCAGACGACUCGAAUGGCUGCCCCCCUAAUGCGCCCUAUCCGUUCUUCGAUUCUUUGUCUUCUGUUGCACUGCCGCCUUAUUCAUAG